GCAACAAAAAGAGCGGAAGGCAAAGUAAACCGGCGACGGGGCGCGAAACACAACGAUUUAAGACUAAAAAUCACGUUUAUAUCGAUGCUUUAUGAGUUUAUUUUAACUUUAUUUAUUCCAGUAUUUCGCCGGUAGAGUUCACCAUGAAACUCCUACUCCUGAUUCACCUGACGGCGGUGGCCAUCAUCACUCAGGUGAACACAGUCCAGGUGACAUCCAGCUGCCCGGCGGUGUGCGAAUGCCCCGCAGAGCCCCCCCUGUGCCCCCCAGGUGUGAGCACUGUGCCAGACGGCUGUGCCUGCUGCAGAGUGUGUGCCGCCCAGCUGAACCAGGACUGCAGCCCAACGAGGCCCUGCGACCACCACAAAGGGCUGGAGUGUAACCACGGCAACAGUGUGACCAUGGCUUGGGGCAUCUGUCGAGCCAAAUCUGAGGGGCGCACCUGCGAGUUCAAUGGGCGCAUUUACCAGAGCGGCGAGAGUUUCCGUGCUGGUUGCAAACACCACUGCACCUGCAUGGAUGGAGCGGUGGGCUGCUCGCCGCUCUGCAGCAACAAUCUGCCGCCACCCUCGCCGUCCUGCCCCUACCCCCGACUGGUCAGGUCCCCGGGGCAGUGCUGCUUCAGUGUUGACUGUCGGAAGGACGCCUGGUUUCUCCCACCAGGGCACAAGGAGCCCAAACUGUCGCUCCGUCCUGCAGGACGCCGUUCUGACGAGGAGCAGAUCCUGACCAAUCAGCUGCCAGACUCUAGUCCCUCCAAAAACCUGCCAGGCCGUUCUGAGGUGACGGUCAUGUCCCCCCCCUCAGCGUGGAAGCCCCCGCAGGAGAAGACGUGCCUGGUUCGGUGGACGGACUGGUCCCAGUGCUCCCGCAGCUGUGGGAUGGGGGUUUCCUCUCGCAUCACCAACGACAACGCUCGGUGCGAGCCGGAGACGGAGACCCGGAUCUGCACGGUCCGGCCAUGCGGGGGCCUGACCGUCCCAGCCAAGAAAGGCAGGAGCUGCUCGCCAACCCAGAAGGCCCCCCAUCCCGUCUACCUGUCCUACGGGGAGUGCGUGAGCGUGCGCCCCUACCGGCCCAACUACUGCGGCGUUUGCACGGACGGGCGCUGCUGCUCGCCUCGCCGCACCCGCACCGUGCCCGUGACCUUCCUCUGCCCGGAUGGGGAGCGCCUCCGGCGGUCCGCCAUGUUCAUCCAGUCCUGCCAGUGCAGCCGGGACUGCGGUCACCUGAAUGAAGUGGCCCCGCCUCCACAGCGAUGGAUGUUUGGAGACGCGCGCUCCUCCUCCGACUGAAGGACCGCCGCUCUGACUUGAUGCCUCCUCAGAGGAGGAGGAGGCUUUGAGACGAAGCAGAAACUGGAACGAGCACCAGCGUGGACCUGCCGGCUCCUCUUUCAUUGUCUUGGGACCUAAACUAUACGGCCCCGAAAACACUUCCUGCACUCAUUUAAAGUCCCACGCCGAUCAUCUUUUGAUCUUUUCAUCCUGAUUGUGCCGUUUUUAACCAAACUCUAAAAAACCUGCAUCGUUUUCUAGGACAUAGUCUCUGCAGAGCAGCAGAAAUUCACCUCUGGACUGUGGGUGGGGCAGUUGGCGUGGAGCAACCCCGCCCACCUUUCCCGUCCCCGUUUCUGAGAGCAGGACACUCGUGGCUCCGCCCAUUGUAUUUUCUAUGUCAUAACCUUUUUCAAACAACAGCUUUUUCGUUUGCACCCGACUCACGGAGAUUUGAAUCAAGAAAUACGAGUUCGUUUCAGUGCCAAAAGACGUUAAAACACAGUUUUCAUCGGCGUCUUCAACUGAAGCUACAUCUGUGGAGGAUCUGGAGACGAUCCUCCACCCUGAGAGGAGAAUCGCUGCAAAAGCAACAAAGCACUUUAUUCACCACCAAAGUUUAAACUGGGAUGCAGAUUUGUGUACAUUAAAGAACGACUAGAUGCUUGAAAAGCAUCACUGAGGGUUCGAAUCAAAUGCAAAAACUCUGUCUUCUACGCUGUGAAGUUUCUAAAUCUAAAUUCUUUUGUGGAUGAACAUUGAUGAACUGACUCGUUUCAUUAAAAUUAAGUUCUGAAGUCAUUUUAUUUGAGAAUUUAUUUUAACUCCUUGACAGGACUUUGGGGCCUCCAUAAAAGGAAAUCAAUAAAAAUGGGAAUAAAGCUGUAAAAGUAAAAGAAGAAUGUUGUGCGGGAAAAAUAAUCACUUUUUUUUUUUAUAAAGUUGUACAUUUACAAAAAAGUAGAAGUGUGUCUGCGUUAUAAACAGUAUAUUUGUUGAAACGUUCAAAUAGCUUAAUGUGACUUUCGGAAAAAACCAACAUCCUUGUAAAUAUGAAUUCUGUUAACCAUAAAUGUAUUCUUUUAUUCUCAUAA